ACCCUUGACCUCUUGGUGUUCGACAAAAUUGGAAGGAAGAACGGAAAGCUAUCAGAUCAGAGUGAUUAUACAAAGCUAUAUUGCGGAGUAAGGACUAUUUUUGUCACGAUGGAACAACAUUAGCCUUUUUUGCCACUCUACCUUAACUGUUACGCCGAUUAAGAAGGGUACGAUGUUGGAAGCAGUGUGUUAGGAAGGACAUCAAGGUGUGCGGUAUUGCCAUUGUAAACCUGCUGGACAGAGCCACUUGGAAGGAAGCUCAUGUGUGAAGACUAGCCGGCUACUGCCCACCUGUGUCUCAUGGACCCACGAUUGGGCCACAAAGCAGUAUAAUCGACUACUCUACUGGAUACUGCUACAAGAUGGCAUCGGCUGGUAAAGAGAUCUCGACACGCAAGUGUCCGCUCUGCGAGUUCAUCACAACGGAACAACAUCAGCUGGAAUCACACAUGUUCACACAUGCCAACCGCAGGCUCAUGGCAAGGCACACUAAGCUUAUCAUUUGUGAAAAAUGCGGAUAUAGAACACUGAACUUUAUGUCUAUGGCAAAACACAUGAGGACUCACCUUGUCGAGAAACCAUUCUGGGCCGUAGUGGAUAGUAACCCCGCUGUGGUUAUCUCAAAGUGUCCCCUUUGCAAGUUCACCACGAUAAACCAAAGGCAGCUUGAGUUACACAUGUUCACUCACGCUUAUCCCUUUGUUUGUGAACACUGUGGCUUCAUGGCACAAGGCAGGAGAACAAUGAGAAAACAUAUGAAGACUCACAUCAGCAAGCAACCAUUUACCAGCAGUGGCUCUAGUACAGAGAUGACCCUUUAUAGUUGUCAUCUCUGUGAGUUCGCCACCACAGACCAAAAAGAGUUUGAGUCCCAUGGGAUCAUUCAUGUGACUUUCAUAGGUGAGCCCUUCAUGUGUGGGGAGUGCAGGUACAGGACAGACACCAUGUACUCACUGCAGAUGCACAUGAAGACGCAUGUAAAUGAGACAGCUAUAGGAUGUGAACCUGUGUGUGAGUCCAGUCAGGACAAGAUGGCCACCAACAGUGAGUCCAGUCAGGACAAGAUGGCCACCAACAGUGAGUCCAGUCAGGACAAGAUGGCCACCAACAGUGAGUCCAGUCAGAACGAGAUGGCCACCAACAGUGAGCCCAGUCAGGACAAGAUGGCCACCAACAGUGAGUCCAGUCAACACAACAUGAUGGCCACCAACAGUGAGCCCAGUCAGGACAACAUGAUGGCCACCAACAGUGAGUCCAGUCAGAACGAGAUGGCCACCAACAGUGAGCCCAGUCAGGACAACAUGAUGGCCAUCAACAGUGAGCCCAGUCAGGACAAGAUGGCCACCAACAGUGAGCCCAGUCAGGACAAGAUAGCCACCAACAGUGAGUCCAGUCAGGACAAGAUGGCCACCAACAGUGAGCCCAGUCAGGACAAGAUGGCCACCAACAGUGAGCCCAGUCAGGACAACAUGAUGGCCACCAACAGUGAGUCCAGUCAGAACGAGAUGGCCACCAACAGUGAGCCCAGUCAGGACAACAAGAUGGCCACCAACAGUGAGUCCAGUCAGGACAAGAUGGCCACCAACAGUGAGCCCAGUCAGGACAAGAUGGCCACCAACAAUGAGCCCAGUCAACACAACAUGAUGGCCAUCAACAGUGAGCCCAGUCAGCACAAUCACAUGGAAACCCACACAACUGAUGUCUGUGAGCAGCAUGGCGACAGCGAGCUGUGUAGAAUGAAUGUUGGUGCAAAACCUUUGAAGUGUGGAGAGUGUGACUACACAACUUUCGUCGAACACGCGCUGUUUAAACAUAUCGCUGGCCACUUGUUGCCGUUCAUUUGCGAAGUGACUAUGUGUGGCCACAGGGCAGCUUACAAGCACCAAGACUUAGUGGACGCACACAAGAGGACCCACAUUGAUGAGGGACCGUUUUUGUGUGGGAAAUGUGGGUACAACGCAGGCAGCAAGCAUCGCCUCGCAAAACACAUGAAAAUCCACAUAGGCAGAUACUUUGUGUGUGAGAAAUGCGAGUAUAAGGCAGCUCUUAUAGAUGAUUUCAACCAGCACCUGAUGUCCCACAGAAACUUUACUCAAGUCCUUAGGUGCGGGACAUGUGGUUUUGAGACAUUGCAUAAGGCGGGACUUGCUGGUCAUAUGAAGAUACACGCUGGUGAGGCACCUCGUGGUGAGACUUGCUGAGAAGCCCUAUUGAGAAACCGUUGUUUAAGUGUGGAGUCUUCCAUGUGGUUUAAAAACACCUAAUAAGGCCACACCAAUUUAAUUUCUUGGUUCACGGAUUUUUUCAUAAAAAAUAUGGAGCGAGAGGGCGAAAUAAAAAUAAAAAUAAAAAUUGUAAAAUGGUUGGGGUAAAGGUAAAUGCUAAUCCAAAACGUAAAGAAU